AUGACUACAAUAUCAUUAGAAUACGAAGCUGAAUUUCGCCACUGUGAAUACGCCAAGGUAAAUAGCUCAGUGGCGACGGUGGUAGUCGCACUGAUCUUGGGCGGUCAGUUGCGCGACCUGGGGUUCGAUGGGGGUCGUCCCGGGUUUCUGCAUUUCGGCGAUAAAAUUUCAGACGGGGAUGUGUACGAUUAUAUCGUAGUCGGCGCAGGGGCUGCGGGCAGCGCGGUCGCCGCGCGCCUCGCGCUUGCAGGCAGACACGUGCUUCUUAUCGAGGCGGGUGGGGAUCCACAUUUACUGACGAAGAUACCGUCUGCGGCGAUAACACUGACAGCUUCGUCUCUCGAUUGGUACUACGACACAAUACCUAACAACAAGUCCUGUCUCUCAUCCGUGGGAAAGAGGUGUCAUUUUUCGCGUGGCCGAUGUCUCGGAGGCUCAACCAGCAUCAAUUACAUGAUGUACACCCGUGGUAACAGGCAGGACUAUGACUUCAACCUCACCGGCUGGACCUGGAAAGACAUCGAACCCUACUUCUUGAGAUACGAAAGACUCGUUAGCUUAAAACAUCUGCCAAAGUCGUCAGCGCCCUACCAUAACACCUCAGGCGUCGUCUCAAUCGAUUAUUUCGGAGAUUCGAACAAUCCCUGGCAUAAAAGGUUGAUAGAUAGUUUGGAAUCUCUUAAUUUCCCAUAUAAUCCAGAUGUUAACGCUCAAUCACAAAUAGGUGUUUCUCGUAUUUUGGGUUUCACACACCGUGGUGAGCGAAUGAGCACUGCUAAUACGUAUUUAGAAAUGAAGAGUGUUAAGAGAAAGUUGAGGAUAGCAAAGAACACGCAGUGUACAGGAGUCAUCAUUGACGAGAACAACGUAGCGCGGGGAGUCACAGUACAAAGAGGAAAUAAAACAUUGCGAUUAUACGCAAAACACGAAGUCGUUCUCAGCGCUGGAUCUAUUGGAACAGCUCAGUUAUUAAUGCUUUCAGGCGUAGGACCGAAAGACCAUUUGAAAGAAUUUGGAAUACCUGUCAAAUCAGAUUUAUCAGUUGGCGAUGACAUGUCAGACCACGUUUUACCGUUGUUGUUUAUCAAAGUUGAUUAUGAUCAACGCCCCUUUUCAGAUUUUGCGGUACUUGGAUCCAAAAUUCUCGAAAUUUUGCAGUGGAUUAUGACAAGAAGUGGACCGAUGUCUUCGAACGGUUUGACCGAUAUCACAGCUUUUGUGAACACAAACUGUUACAACUACACUCUCAGGCGCUUAGUGAAUGAUAGACCAGAGUGCGAGCUACCAACUGCACAGUUUAUCUAUGCUUACUUAAAUAAAGGAGUAGGCUCUAUAGCCCCAAAUUUAAUCAACCUUGGACUGUCAAAGGACAAGGAUAUUUUGCAGCAGGUAUUAAGUGAAAAUAGUAAAAGUGCUUCUAUUUUGAUAUCGUCGGUGGUUCUGCAGCCUAAAUCUCGCGGUUGGGUUCGUCUGGCGAGUUCGGAUCCACUUAAACCACCCGCCAUUUCUCCUAAUUAUUUAGAUGAUGAAAGAGACGUUGAUGAAAUGGUCAGAGGCAUAAAGAUAAUUGAACAUAUGGUAGAUACACCACUUUUCAAGAAAUACAAUGCCUCGAUACACCGAAUGAAGAUUUCUGGUUGCCCUGGCGUCGAUGAAGAUGGCUACUGGCCGUGUUAUGCAAGGCACUUGACGCUUUCGGUGCAGCAUGCGGUCGGGACGGCCGCGCUGGGCCGAGUAGUGGACGAGCGGCUGAGGGUUAAGGGAAUAAAGAACCUUCGAGUCGGUGAUGCCUCAGUUUUACCUUACGUGCCUCGCGGUAACACGGCCGCUGCAAUAAUCGCUAUUGGAGAACGUUUAUCAGAUUUUUUGAUACAAGACCAUGGCUUAGAAUGAUCUUUCUUACCGUUUCACGACGGUAAAGAUGCUGCAUGUUAUGAAGACUGUAUCUGGGUUCUCCGACCUGAGAUUUUUCGAAUUAAUGCUGAUUCAAAGAGGUGGGCGAGGAGAUACAAUAGGAACCUUCAUGAGGAAGUGGCACAAGAAACAAAAUCUGUGAUUUAUGUUUUUAGUUAAAUUUAUUCAAUUGUUUAUAGUAAUUUAUAAAUUAAAUGUAAUGUUUUUAAUAAACAUGAAUAC